GUAAAAACUCAGUCGGAAUUCUACACGCAUGCGGUUAGCAUGCGUUGUAUACAUGAGAUUAACUAAUGCGUAUUGCAUUGGAUGCCAUUCGAAAAUGUUGGAUCCUUUUGAAGGCGCAGAAGGCAAAGGAGGUUUCCGACAUCGAAACAGAUGAGGGGCCAGUGAAGAAGCACAGACGACUGACUGCUGAUCACUGGAGAGGAACGCCGUCGAGAAUGGACAAGUACAGACGUGAUCGAGGAUCUCAAAACGCAGGUGACGUCAUCAGAAAAGGCCUGACGACGAGGGAUGUGGGGAUUUUAUGCAGUGACCUAGUGCCAAUGAAUGACAAAUGUAUCAUGGUUGGAACAACAGGAAUAGCCGCUUUGAAGGCGGAAUAUGGAGACGAUUUCACAAACUUCGAGAUAAUUCAGGACGUGGGGUAUUCCAGUGAAAGUUCCACCCACCUUUCCGGGGACGACAUCGGAACAGUUGGUGGAGACCACUACUACAACAUCCGCGUUUACAACUGCAACACUUCCGCACAUCAGGGCAUCAGUCUCAGAGAAGAACUCGAAAAUGCCAAAAAGUUCCACGAUCGUCCUCUAGCUUCUUCUUUGGAAUCGUCUUCGUUGGACGACUCUGGACUUGGUGUCAGCGAAGCAGCCAAGAACUGGUCCAAUCCUGAAGACCACGGCAAGACUGCGCAAGGCAAAGAUCCUGGUAGCUGUCCGGAAGCUUCCUCCAGUCCUGAAGACGAAUCCGACUUCUUGGAAACUGUGUUCGGUGGUGCCAUGAAUUUUGGCAGUGGUGAAAAAGUCGUGGACAAUAGUGAUGGGGCUGAAAUUUUCCAAUUUGAACUCAGUAGUGUUGAAAGUGAUGAUCCAUCCACAACAUUCCAAAACAGGAGCUCGUUUGCUUCAUCAGCUCAGGUAUUUUACAAAAUGAUAUCCGUCGACAGUGAUAAUGGCGAACCAGAUUCUCGCAUUCCAGACGUUGAUGAGAAUCGCAACGACACUUCAGAAGGCAAAACACCACCUUUAGAAUCCGCAUCCAACCUCCCAAGUCGAUCAAAAUCGAACGUCCUCUCAUCCGAAAAGAACAACGACUGUUCCGAUUCCGAUUUAGAAACUUUCAAGACCGUCCCAGAACCAAAGAGUUCAAGUGAUUGGGAGAAAUCAAACCCCACUCGGUGCAAAAAGGCUUUGACAUCAACGCCUAUCACUGGUCAAGACGACAAACUCUCGAACAGAAGUAUUAAUCUGAAGCGAAAAAGAGAUUCUGACUCUUCAGAUGUGUGGCAGACACCAAAUAGAAACUCGACUCGGGUACGUUCGUGGUUGAAGAGGUGUUCCGAUACUUCUGUGAGACGGUCGCUUUUUGGUCGACGUACACCAGAUGACGUCACGUGCAGACAAAGGACAAGUGCUUUCAGGCAGUGUCUCAAUACGUCAUCUUGUGACGCCAGUGCAGAAUGCACGUCCUCCAGUGCUGACGAAGGCAAUGCCUUCUCGUCGUCUUCGUCGUAUUUUGACGAUGAGUUCUCCCAACAGAAGAGUCGUCUGGACUCAACAUGUGGUUCUAUAGAGACUGUUCUGGAACAAAGGCGCCGGGCGGACACUGAACGUUCGUCAACCUGUUGUGGUCGAGCCGACACGGAAUGUAACUUGUUGCCAUCGCCGCCAUUUGCGACACCACUAAGACGACUGAGUUACAAGAACACCAAACUCAAAGCGCUGUCUGAUGGCGAAAUACGAAAGUGCCAAACUUUCUGUGAUCAGGAAAAGACGGAACCGGGAACGAAAACACCCCACUCGAAAUCACAAGAUCAUCCCUCCAUUUCAUCAUCAAGCCUCAAGCCGCGUCAUUGCUCCAGCCUUCCAUGCAUUCUUCGAACACAUCAUUCCGAGAGUUCCACUGACGACUGUGCCCGGACGUCAGCACUCUUCCUUACUCCACAUUCCUACGUAAAAACUUCGGACGAUAUUUUUGAAGACGACGUUUUAAAUACCAGCGGAGUGGCGUCAAACGUUUCUAAUCGCAAUCAUUCUGGUUCCUCAGACGUCGGUAGACGAAGAAGACGACGAAGCAGAAAGAAAUCAACAAGUUCGAACAGAUCGUCUCUCAGCGUUUUACACAGUGGUGACAGCGGACGUCACAGAUAUAAUAAGACGACAGAAUCCUGCGGCAGCAGAAGGCGCCAUUUUUCUCAAAGAUCUGACUUCUUUGGAGAUGAGAAGCAGCAGUUAGAAAUAGAAAUCCCACCGUUAGAAGACAACCUGUUGUCAGAGAAAGAUCUCGAAUCGGACAGUUUUCAUUCCGAUUUGUCACUGGAAAAGAAAUUCGUCUGUCGAGAUUCGUCGGCUCUGCCAUCGCCCGUCGAAAGUGACGUCAUACUCACCCAUCUGGAAGAACAAAGUACCGUCUCUGACCAAGUCUGGGAUGGGUAUCAAGACAUGCCGUAUUUGAGUGAAGCCUACUCCGAAAGCACCAUUGACGAAGAUGCUGUUCGGAAAUUAAUUGAAUUCGGAGAUGACUACACUUCUGCUAUUGGAAACCCCGCGCGCCAUCUGGAGACGGCCGAUGGAAACAAUAACCGACCUGAAGCUUCUCGAUCACCAAAUAAAAAAUCGUCCAAGGUUCUUACAUUCCCGAAGACGCAACGGUUAUCCAGUCUCAAUCAAGACUCUGAUUCGGACUCUGAGGAACUUCACUACCUUUUGAAAGACACCAGUGAAACUUUAGAAAUCGUACGAGCCACGUUGUCAUCUGGCACCUAUUUGACAUCAGCAGAAUGCGCGCACCUACUAGCGACAUGCAGAACCCAUUUGAACUGCUUGCGUGAUAUUUGCGACCAAAUCGAGACUGAUGGGAAGGAAGGUCAAUUCUCUGGAGAUGAUCUGAAGAACCUUCACUAUUUGAUUGAGGAGUGGGAGGCCUUGGAAAAAAGUGCGGAAAUGUCUGAGGAGUUGAUCCACCAAAAAUACAUCAAAGCAAAAGAAAACAUAGAUGCCCUCUUUACAAAAAUGUCAGAAAUUUCGUCGCAUACAAAGGUCGACACUGGAAGUUUCAAAUCUUGGCAACAGAUUAAAGAAAAUGUAUCGAAACUACAGAGCGUCUUGAGCACUUUGCAGGAGACCCACGAGCGCCUUGUGGAAGUGAAUGUCCAAGUGCACCACUUCACUGCGGAGUACGGCAGCUACAAAGACAACACUCUGAAAGACGACAUCGUCGAGCUCUAUCGCCAGUGGGAUGACGUCUACGAACAGAACAAUGAGAAGCUAACUCAUUUGCAAACCCUCUGCAACAGGUGGGAUGCCUACGACGGGAAAUUCCGGAGCUUGCAUUCGAAGAUUAAAGCGGCCGAAAUGGCUUCGGGCAGUAAUACAAGACACUCCAUGGAGGAAAGCCACGAGAAAUCGGGUUUGUCUAAAGACUUAAAGGAGCUCCGGGAUGAAGUUGUGUUCUUCGAAAGUUGUCUAAAUGGCGGGAUGGUGUGGAAGACGAUUGAUAAAGACUUACAAGAUUUGGAAAAGCGUGUUGAGAAGUCCGUGAAAGCGUCCAAGAGCGCGUAUCAUCCUCUCUCCUCCACCACAGUCGAGGACGAUCCGGAUGACCGCUUUGAGGACGCUAUACAGCUUCAGGAAGACGACGAAGACGAAUCUGACGUCACUGACUGCGUCACACACGCAAAAAUUGAGAAGAAAGCGGGCGACAGAACUGGUGCUAAAAGCAGAGGAUCUUCCCGGUUUUGGCGAGUUUUUCGCGUGGCCGUGCCGGUACAGUUGGCGCUAGUACUGCUAUACUGCUUGGCUUGUUACCUGGAGCCCAACUGCUGUGAUAUGGUCAAUAACUUCAAUUUCUCUUUUACGCCGCAGUUACGGUAUUUCAGAGGCCCUCCUCCAGUUUGAAUGCUGAUUGCGAAAUUUCAUCAGGUUAGGUUUAAAUAUAGAAUAAUAUUGUUAAAUAUCAGAAGUACAAUGUUGAAUAAAACCGUCCAAUUCUACAGCAGCAAUUCUAUUUGCAGGCAUGAACUUGUAAGAUGUGUAUAACGUGUAUUAUAAUUUUGAUUUUUAAAUGCAUAAUUACCUUUUCCAACUGCAAUAAGGUUUUAUUUUGAUGACUGUAUUCAAAUAUGUAAAUAAUUAUAUUCAGCUAAACAACAUUUUUCCUUUCGUUCUCAUUUGUUGUUUUUGUAAUAUCAAGAACCGAUUUAGAAUUUUUCAUUUUCUUUAAUUUAAUAUUUAAUACUUUUACAAUGUCAUUUUGUUAAUUACCAUAGUAUUUACUUUUUUAUGUUAUUGCAACAGCAAUUUUUGUACUAUGUAUUGAUUGUGGUUUAACAAAUACUUCGUCGAUUCUACAAGAAAAUCCCUUCGUGUAUAAAUAUUUCUUUUUGUGCAGCUAAAGCCUUCGUAAUACAGAAAUGCAAUAAUUUACUAUGUCACUUUUUAAAGGUGUAUUAUUAUUUUAUACUGUUAAUAUUUUGAAUGAGAGUAAAUUGUAGAAUGCAAUUUUUUAACCUUUUGGAAAGCAUAUCGUAAUUACUUUACAAUGAUAUCAUAAAGUAUGUUAAAUGUGCCUCAAUGACGAAUGUGUUGGUAUCUCUUUACUUUUUGCUGAAAGAAACACCCAGGGUUCUCAAGCAAACUUUCAAAGGGUCAAUCAGAAAAAAAAUAACCUGGGUUAAUUUCUCCUACCUUAUACUUCGCGUUGUCUCUCAGGAAAUAUUUUAAAUGAGAGUAAAUUGUAGGAUAAAUUUUUAACCUUUUCUAAAGCAUAUCAGAAUUAUUCAAAACUGAUUUCUUAAAAUAUAUUAAAUGUGCCUUGACGAAGAAUGUGCUGGUAUUUGUUUACUUUUUGGUGAAAGAAGCACUCAGGAUUCUCAAACAAGCUUUCAAAGGGCUAAUCAGAAAAUGUUUACCUGGGUUAAUUUUUCCUAACUUAUACUUCGCAUUGUCUCUCAAGCAAUGUUUCAAAUGUUAAAUAUUAAUAUUUGGAAUGAGACUAAAUUGUAGGCUAUUUUUUUAAAACUUUUUAUAAAGCAUUUCAGAAUUAUUAAAAACUGAUUUCAUAAAAUAUAUUAACUGUGCCUCGACGACAAAUGUGCUGAUUUUUGUUUACUUUUUGGUGAAAGAAGCGCUCAAGGUUAGCAAGCAAACUUUCAAAGGGCUAUUCAGAAAAUAUUCUACCUGGAUUAAUUUCUCCUAACUUAUACUUCGCAUUGUCUCUCCAUCAAUAUUUUAAAUCUUAAUAUUUUAAAUGAGAGUAAAUUGUAGGCUACAAUUGUUUAACUUUUUACGAAGCGUAAACUGAAAACUGAUUUCAUAAAAUAUAUUAAAUAUGCGUCGACGACGAAUGUGUUUCUAUUUGUUUACGUUUUGGUGAAAGAAACGCUCAUGGAUCUCAAGCAAACUUUCAAAGUGCUAAUCAGAAAAUAGUAACCUGGGUUAAUUUCUCCUAACUUAUGCUUCGCAUUGUCUCUCAGGCAAUAAUUUAAAUGUUAAAUAUUAAUAUUUUAAAUGCGAGUAAAUUGUAGAAUACACUUUUUAAACCUUUUAUAAAGCAUAUCAGAAUUACUUAAAAUUGAUUUUGAUUUCAUAAAAUACAUAAAAUGUGCAUCGACGAGGAAUUUGUUUACUUUUUGUUGAAAGAAGCGCCCAAGGUUCUCAUGCAAACUUUCAAAUAGUUAAUCAGAAAAUUUUUUCCUGCGCUAAUCUCUCCUAACUUAUGAUUCACAUUGUGUCUUAUUCUAUGUGCCCGUCAUUAAAAUUAAUACUGUUUAGUAUGUAUUAUCUGAUAGAUUGUUAUGUCGUUCUUGCAAGAUUAGUUUUCUACUUUAACAAUCAACGACAAUCAUAUUAGCAUUAACUCCAUAAAAAAAAUAUGUAUACAGUCGCUUUUGAUAUAGAUUAAGUUAAAACUCUGCUAAUUUUAACACUUGAACGCAUCGAUAUUCAGCUUGCUACCUAGUUCUCGCAUGUGACCUGAUAAACUUAUAUUAAGUGACCCGACAAAGGCAAUCAGGAGCAAGCCGUGAUAUAAAUUCAUGUAGUUAUACAGUUAUUCCCAAAUAUUUUUUUCUUCCAUUUCCAAAGUCAUUGCAGUUUGAUUUUUUCGAAAGCAUUUUUUAGUUUGAAUUAACACCAUUUUCAACAAAACAAGUUUUUUUUUUAUUAUUAACUACUUUUAUUACUAAACUAAUCAAUCAUAUUUUCAGCUCGACAGUUUUGGGAAAAUUGUUUUUAAAUAGGUGUUCUAUUAUUAUAUGUAAUGUUUGUAAAAGGUGUUUGUUCUAAACUAUUACCAAAACGUAAAAUACGCAUCACGUAAAAAUCGGUAUUCUCCUAAAGUGUGAUAUACCGCUCAAGUACUCUAGUUACUCAACAGAUGGCGCUACUUACAUGGCAUAUUUACAGAGCAAUUGAUUUCAGUUGCGCCAUCUAUUGAGCUACUAGAUUUCUUGAGUGACAGAUCGCACAUUAGGAAUCUCUCUGUGCGUAGCAAUCUCUAAAUGUGUGGCAAAUUUAUUUUUUAGACUAGACUGGAUCUUUUGAGAAAUUAAUGAAUGAAAUUCAUUGAAAAGAAAAUCACUUUUAAAAGUUUAAAAUUUUAAAUUUAAAACGAAAAAGUGGUACCAGUAGUCAGAUUAUCAAUUUUUUAUGUUUCUAAGUGUUGAACAUUUCUUAAUAAAAUGAGUAUAAUUGUUGAACCUUGAAUAUUCGUAGAUAUUAUAUGUUCUUUUGUUGUUCUUAGAAUUGAGUAAUUGUUGAACUUUGAAUUUUCAUUGACAGUGGGAUUAAAACAAUGUAUUUUAAAACAAAUGUAACUAAAUAAGAAAAAUUGAACUCGUCAAUUCUAUUAAUUCAUGAAAUUUUAAAGGAUAAGAGGCGAUCGAUAAUAAAGAAAGAAAGCAUUCAAUAAAAAUAAUAGAAUGUUUCUAUAAUUAAUUAAUAUAAAAUGUUACAAAAAAGACGAAGUAGUGAUAUUUUUUACUUUUUCAUGUGCAAAUUUAAUGGUUAAAAAAAUUGACUGAUGCACACAAUAUAAAACACUUUCCAACCUAAAGCUGUAAUGCACAUUGCAUUGCUUUAGUGUAGGUAAAUUAAAUGGUUAAGGAAAAUUAGUGGAUUCUAAAGAAAGGAAGAAAUAAUCAAUCGUAUUUGAAGAAUAUGCCUAAAUGACAGUAAUUGCUAGUUUAAAAAAUUGUUUAACAGACCAAAUUAAGAUGAGGAAGAGUUAAAGAAGAAAAAACCAUUUUGAUAACUAUUUGAAUAUGGAAAAAUAAUCAUUUUGAUAACUAUUUGAAUAUGGAAAAAAAAUUCAUUUUGAUAACUAUUUGAAUAUUAAUAGUAUUUUUUGCAAAUUACAUAUGUAAUUUUCCAAAUAGAAUAUUUUUUCCCCCUUUUUAAUCGAAGUUUGCGAUCGAUCCUUUUUUGUUGUGUGAUAAAAUUAUGUUUUUUCUUCUGAAUAGAGUUACGAUUUUUUUUUUUUUUUUUUCAGAAUAUUUGAAUUCGUGCUUUUAUAACCUUGAUUGAUUCAUAAGCCUAAACUCCGAAGCUAAACUCUAAAAAUUGUCAGAACAAAUGUACAGGCAUUAUUCAAAAAACCAUUCAUUAUCAUGCUGGAACUCCAAAUUUCUAGUCAUUUUCGAGUUGUCUAAAAAUUUUGUUUAAAAAAGCGAACUAUCAUAACUAUCCCAUUUAAAUUGUUUUUUGUUUUACUUCAGAUUUAUUUAAUAUUUGUGUAUUUUUCUACUCAUGAGCGCAAUCAUUGCUUUCAGCUGUAUAUACGUUUUCACUAAUCAUAUUUCUAUUAUUUUUGUGUUUUCAAGUUCAUUUUAUCUAGCAUGGCUUUUAAUUUUAGCAUUUGUAUGGUGGUAAGUUUUUAUUCAUUUAAAACAGCUAUUUUAUUCAUAUAACAUAGGCAUGCAUUUACAUAAAUUUCAUAAUGUUUGUAUAUAAUAAAUAUGUUUUGUAUCAUUUUAGAAAAAUAAAGGAA